AUGAAGAGAUUUUGUCGAGCUGUCGUAGAGGUUUUUGGCGAUCAGUAUUUGAGAUCACCAACAACUAACGAUGUUGCAAGGCUUCUGUACAUCGGUGAACAACGUGAUUUUUCAGGAAUGCUAGGCACAUGGGUUGGACAAUAUACAGGUCGUAGUGGAUCCCCAACAUUUAUUCUUGAAGCUGUAGCUGAUUACGACCUUUGGAUAUGGCAUGCAUAUUUUGGUAUGCCCGGCACCAACAAUGACAUUAAUGUUUUAGAAUUAUCACGUAUAUUUUCCAAUCUCGCUAAUGGUAUUGCUCCUCCAGCCCGUUAUGUUAUUCAAGAAAAAGAAUAUGACAUGAGUUAUUGCUAA